AGAUUACACAGCUUUUUAGUAUUGAUAACAAAGAUAUAUAUAAGUACAACACAUAUACUCUUAUUGGCACAGUUGCAGAUGUGAAUGACUGUUUGGAUCUUAACAGAGCUGUAGACUUUGCCCAUAGAAGCAAAAAAGUCAAAGGGACUAUAUCUCUACGUGUGACCUUUGCGAGAUAUAGGGGUAAUGACUUCAAAAUGUUGUUAAAUAGAAAUAAUUUUCAGUUUUGUAAAUACGCUAUUAGACGUUUAAGUACAAAAUUACCUUCUUUUAAGGUUUUAGAUGGAUCAAUUGAUUCACAGAGUUCAGAAUUCAGAACUUCUGUAGAAAAAUCAAACAGAAUACAUUUAUGUUUAAAGUCGGUUCAAGAUAUGGCAUUGGCCGGAGGAAGCGAAAAGGCUAUCAAAAAGCACGUAAAUGUUAAGAAGAAGUUACUUAUACGACAUCGUCUGCAAAAACUAUUCGAUCCGGAAUCUCCAUUUUUAGAAAUUGGACUUCUAGCCGGAUUGGGAAUGGAUUACGGGAAUAUUUCGGCUGCUGGCUUGGUUGUAGCAAUAGGACAGAUUCACGGCCAUUAUUGUCUAGCGGGAGGCUCCGAUGCAACCGUUAAAGGCGGGACGUUUUUUCCCAUAGGGGUGGAGAAAAAUAUCAGAAGUCAGAAAAUUUGCUCAAUUAAUCGUAUACCGGGAGUAAUUUUAAUAGAUAGUGGAGGUGCUUUUCUACCACUUCAAUCUGAAGUAUUUCCUGACAGAGAUCAUGGAGGUAGAACUUUCCGAAACGAAGCCGUCGGUUCUGCUAAAGGAAUUCCGCAGAUUGCAAUUGUAUGUGGAAGCAGUACUGCCGGUGGAGCAUACGCACCCACAAUGGCCGAAGAAGCAAUAAUUGUCGACAGAAUCGGAACAAUUUUUCUUGGUGGUCCACCUUUAGUGAAGGCAGCAACGGGGGAAGUAGUUACGGAAGAAGAGCUAGGCGGAGCAGACUUACACUGUCGUGUUAGCGGUUGUACCGACUAUUUUGCCGAAACGGAGGACGAAGCGAUCGAGAUGUGUCGAGAAAGUAUUUUAACUUUUAAUUUAGAAAAGUUUGCUCCUCCUCCCGAGUAUUUGGAACCAGUUUAUUCGGCUGCCGAAUUAAAUGGUAUAGCCGGAAAAAAUAUUAUCGGAAAAUCUGAUAUGUUUGCGGUAAUUAUAAUAUCAAGAAUUGUCGACGGAAGCGGAUUUAAAGAAUUCAAAAGUAAAUUUGGAUCACACCUGAUUACUGGAUUUGCCUUUUUAAAAGGGUAUUUGAUUGGGCUACUUGCUAAUUCUGGUCCAAUCACCUCUGCCGAUGCUCAGAAAGGUGCACAUUUUAUCCAUUUAUGUCAAAAAAGAUUGAUUCCAAUGAUAUUUUUACAAAACUCUGGUAUACCUGAAAAACUAGAUUAUAAUCUUCAAGGUAAUAUUUUGAAAGACAGAGCAAAAAUGAUAGCAGCUCAUUCAUGUGCAAAUGUGCCAAAGAUUACCAUUAAUGUAGGAGGCUGUCAUUCAGAUGAAAAUUUUACUAUGUGUGGCUGGACAUUUAAACCAAAUUUUCUUUUCUCCUGGCCAUUGGCAGAGACACAAUUUGAUGAAAAAUUAGAACAAGGAGGUUUUGAUAUUGCAAGAGCGGACGAAGAUUCCUUACUGUUGCAAAUGUUUGAAAACAAAGGGAGCGCUCUGUACAGGUCGUCUCGAAUGUUACAAGACGGCAUUAUUCUUCCCGAAGAUACGAGAAAAACUCUCGGAUUGUGUUUGGAUAUUAUACAUUCGGGAAUAUCUGCGAAAGAACGUUGGGAAACGAAAAAUCUCCCCAUCUUCAGAAUGUGAAAUUCCACAAUCACAUCAGAUUAUAUGUAACGCCAGUUGUUUUGUGUCAUGUGAUUUAAAAACUGAUAGGAUAAAUAUAUAAUUUCUAUUGAAUUUUUAUACAAAUUGAACCCAUCAAAUUGAAAUUUUUGUAUGAUGAUAAAUUUUUACAAUGUUUAUAAAUAUUGACAAUCGUGUUCAACAUACACAAAUUUGUACAGGUAAUCCUCAGUUAAUGCAUUAUUAUUUUAGUGCAGUUUGUAUUACAUACAACUUUUUUUUGGAUGAUUUUAUUUUUGUGGCCAUAAAGAAAGCUUUUUCUAUACCAAUCACGGGACUAUUUGCCCAUGAAAAAUUCCUGUGGAUCCCAGAUUCAAUUCUGACUCCUCCAGAGCAGUAAGCUGACACCUUAUCUAUCUUGGCCAUCCAUUUGCCAUACUUUUUUAUAUGAUUUAAUACUGAAUGAGAUCACUACUUGCAGCGCGGUAACUAGCUUUUUAUGCGCCCGGUGUGAGCUUCUGUAACUAUGACUCAAAACUUGGUUCAGGUCAUUUUUGUACCCCCAGGGUCUGCGCCCUGUGCCUGGACGCUGCUGGCACCGCCCUAGUUACGGCACUGACUACUAGGUAUGUUAUGGAGAGUUUACUUUCAAGAAACUUAUCUAUCAUGCCAACAAGGAAUACCUGUGUAUAUAUAUAUAUA